UGUUCCGGUUCCUGCUGGGGCGAGAAAGCCGAACACACACAGAACCUGUCUGACACUUCCAGAAAGGGUAGGAAUCUGAUUGUCGGGGCAUCAUUUAUGAAGCGGAUUUCUCUAUGAUCCUGCAACAGCCCGUCGUAAUUGAAGUAACACUAACAGCAUCCAAUCAUGGCAGAUCCCAACAGACCACAGCGAAAGAUGUCAACGACGGGUGAAACCCUGUACAAGAUGUUAGAACUUGAGAAAGGGGCAUCAGCAGAAGAAAUCAAAAAAGCUUACAGGAAACUUGCUCUGAAGUAUCAUCCUGACAAAAACCCUGAUAACCCAGCAGCAGCAGACAAGUUCAAAGACAUAAACAAUGCCAACGCGAUCCUUAAUGAUGACACCAAAAGGAAAAUCUACGAUGAAUACGGAUCUAUGGGACUGUAUGUGUCUGACCAGUUUGGAGAGGAGAGUGUAAAAUAUUACUUCUUGAUGUCCAAAUGGUGGUUUAAGGGUCUGGUUUUCUGCUGUGGUCUUUUCACUUGCUGCUGUUGCUGUUGCUGUUGCUGUUUCUGCUGUGGAAAAUGCAAACCACCAGUAGAGGAUGAAAACUACCAGUAUGUGGACCCAGAGGACCUAGAGGCACAGAUCAAAGCAGAACAAGAAGCAGCUUCUAGAAUCCCAAUUGUGAUCCAGCCGCAGGCUGCUACCAGCACUUCGGAGUUCAGCCAGCUCUCUAUGGACCUGAAAUCUUCCUACAAAACUGAUAAGUAGCAAAGCAAAGCCACACAGUUCUGAGGACAUCAACGGGUUUAAAAUCUAGCUCACUGUUGCCAAUAUUUAUUUGUAGAAUUGUGUAUGUCAAGGCUACCAUGACGUGAUAUCUGUGUAUGCUGGAUUAAGUGAAUUACUGUGUAAAAUUUGCCAAAACAAUGCUAAAGGAAACGGAUGUGCUUGUGCUUGUGCUACUUGCUGUGCCACACAAACACCUGUAUGUGUUGUACUAUGCAUGGGUGUUUUCUAGUCCUAAGAUUACAAAUAAAUUGGUACCACAGUUCUUACAAGCCUGAAAUGGUGAUUGUAAUAUUUUAAGUACAGAGCGGUUAUACUCUGUGCUUCUCCUGUGGAAAACCAUUCGGAACUGAAUUGACUUGUCUGCAUGUUGAUUUUAUCUCAAAAAAUAGAAACUGUACUUGAGAGGAACUGUGGCCAUAUUAAAUCAAUAGCACAUUGCAAUAGGCAUUGGUUGCAGACUUUUUGCUCUUCAGGGAGUGUCUUUUUUUGUAUAAAGUGGCCAAGUGAUUUUAUAUGGAGGUGCACAGCACUGGCUCAUCUAGCCCAGAUAUUACACUUUACUUAACCAACUAAACCUGUCCAGAUUGUAGUUAUUUAAUGAUGUCUGUAAAAUAUGCAGAGUCACCUCUUUAUAACCACCAUGUAUUUUGGGGCUAGUGUCAUCUUGGUGGUAUUGCAUGGAUUGCAGGAUAUUGCCAUGUGAUAUGUUCAUGUACCUUUUUAAAUUGCCCUUACAUUGCAUGGAUUGCAGGAAUUACCAUGUGAUAUGUUCAUGUAACUGUUUAAAUUUCCCUUAACAUGUGUACUUGAUGCUAUGUAAGAAGAAGCCUUGCCGUCUACAGUAAGCAGCCCCUGGACCCCCAACCGUUACUCCUGCAUUGAGAAAUAUGACAGAAUUUGCAUUUGAAGGAAACCAGUUUGUUCACUAGAUAGUAACCAAAUAGGACUAGUAGGGUCUUUAUUGGGAUGUUUUAAAGUUUAGUGAAACCAGCACCAUAAGGCAACAUCCCAAACUAACCAGACACAUUCAUAUCUGCUCUCACUAUGAGAACUAAGCAUGUGUCCCACUUCCAAACAUUUAUAGUCAGUCAUACAGACUCCUAAAGGUACUCUUAAGAUUUCUUCUUAUUUUGGCUUGGUAGCUUAUACACCUGCUUUUUUGUUCAAAGUCUUUUGAAUAAUUAAAAAGGUAUUGGUAAAAUGUUUUCUGUCAGGGCUAUUUCUAAAGAGGGUUUGGAGUUUGUUCUCAGUGUUUCAAACUUCAGAUAAUGUGUUUUUUGUUUUUUUUUACAAACACUCUACAUCAGGCUUUAUAAAAGUGUAAAAUUUGAGAAAGAUAUUUUCUGUUUGUUCUGAACAAGCAAAGGCUUCUUAAGUACAUGUAGGGUAGGGAGCAAGCAGCUGUGUUACCCAGACAGCAAAAAAAAUUAAAAAUAAAAAUAAUUGCUUUGCCAAAUGUUGCUUUCUGUGUUCCUAGAUGAUUCCUACCAUACAACGGUUUCCUGGUGUUCAGAACACGUGGCUUUGCUGACAUUGCACCACCACACUUUUGCUUUCACAAAACCAUUUCUUUUGUUUCUGCUCUUGCAUAAAAUAUUGGCUGUUGGAAGAACAGAAAAAAAAUUAUUUUAUUUUUUUAAUGCUAGACUGAACUAAAGUGCUUGAACCCUUAACACAAAACAUCACGCAAAGCCUUCCAAACACUGAAGUCUGCAGUCCUGCUUUCUUGGGUUUCUUGAAUAAUAAGACUCCAGUCAUUGAAUGUGGUAGCUCAUUCUACCCUGGGUUUGUGAUAUUGUUCUAAGGCCUUUCUCUGUGAUUACAGCAUCAUUUACAAGUUGUCAUAUGCUGUAGGUUACAAACACAGGCAUUUCAGAGCACCUACCAUUUUUUUUCUUAUCUACACUGCAGUUUGCCAGCCAUCAUUUGUUCUUAAUAAGAAGUUCACAAGUUGUUAAGAAAAAAAAAAUAAGCCAGUUUGUAUUGGUAAACCAUAGGUGAAUUGUAUGUACAGUUUACCGUUGCAGUAAAAAAAAAAAAAAAAACAUUGGGCUGUUGGUAUUAUGUAAUUUGCAGAGUUGUAGAGAUUUGGAAUGCUCUUGCACUGUACAGAUACAUUUUCCGAGUGAAGAUUAUUCUUCUCAUCCUUGUCACUUUACCUCCUGUUGGUUUAACAAUACGCUUUUAAAAGCCAUUCAUUCCAGAUGUGCAUCUUCUCAUCAUGCUCCAAAUGACUAUUUCCCUGUUGGAGUGCCCAACCUCCCCAUAAACACUUUCUAUAGCCACAGACAAAGAAAUUGCACUUUGAAUUAAUUAGUAAGUUCUUUGGAUGGCAAUGAUGAAAACACCUCACCUAAGAACUCCACUUGCUUUGCAGCAUGCAAACAGCAUCAGUAGUUGUGGCUGUGGUUAGGGCUGUAGAAGACCUGGUGGCUGAGUUGGCUUUGCUUUUGGAUGGUAACUGAUGGGACCUUGGUUCAAGCACUAGUUAGGGUUAUUAAUUAUAGUUGCAUAUAAAAUAUGUUUUAAAAAUACACACUGAAUCUGUUCCAAAUCACUGAAUGUAGGUUAACUAAUUUUGUACUGACAAAAAUACCUUCUGAACUAUUUUUUACAAUCAGUGCAUUCAUUGUGCAACAUGAAAUAGUUACUAAUAAGAAUCUGUUUUUUGAGGAAAUGGCCACUAUUUUAUACCAGCAAUCUAUGUAACUUUAAAUACUCCAUGAUUAGAAAAUACUGUUUUUCCUCCCUUCCCUUCAUUUAAAAUAAUUGUUUGACAGAUUCUAAUGUGUAUACAAAUGUUUUAUGAAGUGUGUCCAUUUUAAUAAUGUACUUUUUAUUAUUAUUUUGAUGCUUACCAUAAUAAAUAUUUUGUUUUUAAAUGGAUGUAACAUGUUUAUAGACAGUUUUGGAACUUUGACCACAGCCAAGAUAUAAAUAAUAGAAAAUAAAGAAAUGUCAUGUUUGUGGUUAAAGAUAUUAAACGCAGUUAUGUUGAUAACAAUACUGAUUCAAUAUAUCUUGCCCUAGUCACAAAACUUUGUCAUUAAGGUAAGGUACUGUAAAACCUUUUAAAGUGGAUCAUUCUUUGUUAAGGCUGCUGUAAAUGACCAGUGCUUGCUUUUGUUACAAAUUACUGUUUUAUUUUUUGUUCCAAGAUGUUUCUGAUGAAAACUUAGCUGUAAACAUGUAUAUUUAUAAACCAUUAGAUCUACAAAAUAAUAAUAAAAAGGGGAGUUUAUAUCGA